AGGCAGUUCAUGACGUUUCCUGCAACGAGAGAAGAAGUUGAAACAACCCAGCAGCAAUUUUACGACUACUGCAGAUUUCCAGGGGUCAUUGGUGCAAUUGAUGGGACCCAUGUUUACAUCCAGACUCCUGGUGGUGAACAAGCCUUAUACUUUUUGAACAGGAAGAAAAGAUAUUCCGUCAAUGUACAGGUAGUUUGUGAUCUUGCUGGGAAAAUAAGUAUUGUGGCAAGGUGGCCUGGCAGCACUCAUGAUUCCCGGAUUUUCAAUGAGAGCUCACUGAAGGAACAGCUGGAGGCAAGGGCAGAUGGUGCUGAGUGGCUUCUUGGAGAUAGUGGGUACCCAUGUCUUCCCUAUCUCAUGACCCCUCUCCUGAAUCCUCAGAGACGGCCACAGGUACCUUAUAAUGCUGCCCACAAAAGAGGGCGUUGUAUUAUUGAGCGGACCUUUGGUCGUUUGAAGAGGAGGUUCCCUUGUCUCAAUUAUCUCCGCUUGAAGGUGGACACUACAUUCGCAAUCAUAGUGUUCUGCUCGGUCUUGUGGAAUAUCUCUCUUGGUCGGCACGAGCCAGAUAUUCCAGGACCUGAGCCUGAGGAAAUGCCUCCACUUGUCCACCUUCCUCCUGGCCUCCACGACGCUGUCGCAGGAAGGCUCAGGAGAGAGCAGAUAAUUGAGGAUCACUUUAAUCGUUAAGGCAUGUCUGUGUAUGUAUA